CAGGUAUCCUCAUUACAAUAUUCUAAACAACAGUUCAUCGUUGUCUUGGAAACAACAAAUAUAAACAGUGCUAUUCUUAAUGCCUAAAUCUGAAAACUUCCACACAACAAGACAACCAAAAAUUUGCAUAAAAUGGACCUAUCAAAAGAAAAUGCCCCUGACGAUAGCCAAACACAUAACGAAGAGGAUAUAGACUGUUUCUUUCUCCAACCGUCUUCCUCUCCUUACAAUAUUACAGAAAAAGUUCAACAAGCAAACAUGGAUCUAUUUUCUUCCAGUACUCACGCGCUCAACGAAAAAACACCUAAAGUGAAAUUUAAAGAUGAUUUAUUUUCAUUUGAACCAGACCUGACUGAUGAAGAUGUAAACAGCAUAGAAAGUGAUCAUGUAGUAGAGCCAGAUAAUUUGACCCUAUGCGAGUAUAAAACCGUUAAUAUAUCGCAAAUCGAAGAAACGACAGAAGAUUUAGAAGAAGAAAUCGAUGACGAAGAAAUCAUCGAAAGCAUUAACACCGAUUAUAACGACAUAGAAACGUAUUUAAUAAACAAGGUUAUAGAACAUAAAAUAAAGGACGAAAAAAUUGAAGAAAUUAAGUCUGAAAGUAGUACUAGAAGUGCGAAUAGGAAAGGCAAGAAAAAACACGGAAAAACCGUUCAUAACGUGAAAGAAGUGCAUUGCAAAGAUCACUGUAUUGACAAGUUAGAUUUCGAUCUUCCCAUGUUUAUAAAGAAAUUGGAAAUUCACGAAAAACCGCUCAACUUGCCACCACUUCAGUUGUUACAAAGGAAAUGUUGCGAUGAACUCAAACAAAAAGUGAGAAGAAAUCUUCCAAACUACAACGGAUUAAGAUCCGAAUACGGCCUAACUUCUCGGCAAAUUGAUAUCAAACUUAAACAAAAAGAACAAUUAAAACUGAAAGAAGAGAACCACAGAAGGAUACUGGAAGAGUACAGAAAAAGAAAAACCCAACAAAAUGAAGAAGUGUUCUGUCAGUGGUUGAAAGAGAUAUCAAAACGACGACAGGAGAGGGAGAAAGCAAAACAGGGGAAAUACAGAAAUCUGCCGUACAGUCUGAGUAUUACCAGUCUUUCAAAUAAGACUGUAAGAAGAAUUAAAGAAAGGCCUAAAACUGCAAACGAAAUUGUUUCUAAGAAUCAGAUUAAAAAGGCUCGAAGACCUCAUACGUCUACCUGCGUGUUCAUUGAAGUUCCUCAAAAUUUACUUCAGAAGGGGAUUAACAUCAAGGAUUUACUUGUUACCAAUUCGAAAACGAUGUCUAAUAAGUUGCAUAUUUUGACACUUUCGUAAAAAAAUCACUUUUACCAUUAAUUUGGUUCCAGCAAGCUUUUCAAAGCAGAAUUUAGCCAAUUUCUUCUGCGCAUAAUUCAAAUGAUCACAUUAUUCCGUGGAACAAAGGAAAGGGCUGAUAAAAAAAUAAUGGUG